AUGUUCGCCGUCACUUGCCGACUAUUCCUCUCCUUUGCCCACGACGUCGUCAACAAUCUUCUUGCCACUUCGCGCGAAGACGUCCCUGAUCGCUAUUCAGAUCAACUUUUGCCUCUCUAUAAGCCGCAAGUAACAACCAAUUUGUACCGCAAAUUCGUACUAUCGUCAGUACGAGGCGAUAGCUCAUCUUCUGUAGAGGUCCACAUGCACAAUAUCGGUAGUUUCGAAGCAACACAGGAGGACGACACACGUGAGAAUGGGUCUUCCGAUAAUGCAGCAAUAGAUAAAGCCGUCCAGAGCGCUCGGCCCCUACAUCAACUCUCACUUCCAGAUCCUUGUCAAUAUCGCAGCAGUACGGCCACGGUCAGAGCGGACAUUCAUGAUAGUAUGCGCUUGCAUACAUUCGUCGACACGCCUUACAUGGUGGACACAUUCUUCCCUAGAGACUCCCCUCUUCUCACUCCUGUGGUCGCACACGUUCUCAAAGAAAUCGAGAAGCGACGUAUAUGGCGCUUCAGCGAUAAGUCAUGGAAAGGCUUACCGAAGAAGCCCAAGGACGAAUCAGAGCUCUACAUGCCAUUGACCGAUAUUAUGAACACCAUUACUCGGAUCGCCGUCGAAUUUAGCAAAACUCAGACCGAUGGUCACCCCUGUCUCAUCGCAUGGAGCGACGAACAUAGUAAGAAUAUUCCAUCACGGUCUGCGCUGGACACCAGGCCAGAUAUCGUUGCUUCCUUCAGGGGGGCGACUUGGUGGCGACUUUUCCAUGCCAUCCUCAUAGUCAAAAAGUCGGAAUAUGCCACUACUGUUUCCAUCACCCAGCUUCUACAACAUAUACGCACAGCGCUGAAGGAACAGGUCGAUCGGCGUUUCAUGUUCGGGAUGAUGUUCGGGAAACGCGACCUUAGCCUGUGGCUCAUAGAUCGUUCUGGCGCCAUGGCGUCGAAAUCCUUCGACAUUCAUGAGGACCCGGAGCAGUUCAUCCGUAUCAUCGUUGGUCUAAUCCUUCUUCCUCGCAGCGACCUUGGAUGGGAUCCCACCAUACAGAUCUACUUCCCGCCACAGACCCCGGGCCACGACAAACCGAACUCAAACACAAGCACGUCCGAUAAUGAUCAAGAGAAAUUCGUGCUCUAUCACGCUCUCAGUCUUGCUCGUGCUGAGGUCCUUCGUGGCCGCGCGACGCGGAUCUGGCUGGCAUGGAAAUUCACGGAUAUGGAUCUACCUGCCAAAGAACGGAAGACGUAUGUGUUCAAGGACGUGUGGCGAGACGAAUGCCGCGGGUCAGAAGGGGAGCUCUACGCUAAGGCGUUCGUGGACGGUAACAGCGGUGACGGCGUCGCACGGUUGUAUUCUUUCAGCAGCGUUAGCAUCGGCGGGAAAGCGGACGAUACACUGAACCUGAUCCGCAAGAAGGUGUCGGUUGAAGGACAUGCUAUUAGACUGGUUGCUAAUAGUAUGUAUCUUUUCCAAGACCAUACACACGAGUGGUCGCAAGACAUGUACGACUUCGAAGAAGAAGACGACUACCGUUCACCAUAUAACCGCAUCCAUUCUCGGCUGGUUAUGUCAACGUUCGGAUGGUCAGUAAAAUAUUACAAAUCCUUACCAGAACUUAUGGGUGUUAUGCGCGAUGCUAUUGCCGGUCACCAGUUUAUCUUCCAGAAAGGUGUUCUUCACCGCGAUAUAAGCUAUGGAAAUAUCCUAAUCGUCCCUGAUGGUAAGACGGGAAACCGAGGAGUCCUCAUCGACUUCGACUUUGCAAUCAGCUGGGAGGAGCAUAAACGACUCAAGGGUGAAGAACGUGGUGGAACGUUGGCGUUCAUGAGCGCAGAGGUACUCGAUGAGUACAGAUAUUUCACCCCUGAUGUCGACGAUGAUAUUGUCAUCCCAAAGGAGUAUAUCGCUUCUCCAUCGACAACCACAGCUGUGACGGAGCCUCCCUCUGAGGGGACGCUGUUCUCCCCUUCAGGUGGUGUCAAACAUCAGCCAAUUCACGACUUGGAAUCCUUCUUCUGGGUUCUCUGCUGGCUAUGUAUAUUCCGCGAUGGACCCGCUCACGAACGCAAAAAUUGGGGUGAGACCGAAGACGAUCGAAAGCGUAUGCGAAGAGACGCCUCGAACGUUUUCGAGAUCAAAAAUAUGGCUGGAAUUGCAGCGGCGAAGCGUCAACUGAUGUGCUGGCCUACGAUCUUCAGGUCUACGCUCUCCGACAUAUUCACGGCGUUCUGUGCUCCUCUCCGCUCCGUGGCCGGCAUAUUUUACCAGACGCUGCGUCACCUUCCGGCAUACCCCACCGAAGACGUCUACGCCCGAGUCAUCAAAAUAUUCGACGACGCUCAAAUUCGCCCCCCGAUACUCAAUCACAACGCGACCAACCCCGACUAUCUAGCCCAAGAGGCAGCUGAGACGCACAGGCGCGAAACUCAGUUGGAAAUAUGGGCUACGCCUCUACCCGACAAGAAGCGUAAACACACGGAGGACGAAGGGCAGGCAGCAUCGUCGUCUACUUCUACCCACCAUCCUUCGAUCGUUCCCGACGGUUCUCCUGCCCGCAAGACCAGACGAUCAAACCAACAAUCGCGGGAGGAAAGUUCCCCGUCCCAUGGGUCCAAGGGAAGAAAGAAGGGCCCAGUUCCGUCCGCUUCCUCAGCUCAGAUCGCGGGCCCCGGUCCCUCGAACGUACCCAAGAGCCCAUCCCGCAAAGCAAGGCGGUCUGCUCGUUCUGCAAGCGACAAGAAUACGUCGAGCACGAUCUCUUCUCCUUCCAAAGCGGCCGGGUCGCUGGACAAUUCCGGCGGAGCCAGAAAAAGACAAACAGGCGGCGCCACAUAUGCACACCCCCAGAAACGAAAACGGUUCAUGAGGACGUUGUCGGGCAAAAAGCGUGCACGAGGAGGUCUGGAGGGCGAACCUACAUAG